UCUGACAAUAAAUUCUCAUAGAAAUUAUUACACUAAGUGGAAUCAUUUCAGCAACUUAAAUGCAUACAUAAAUAAUAAUAACAAAGAUCGCGCAUUGUCUAAUUGAUAAAACGUGAUAAUUUAUUCAACAUCUUGCGGAGUGAAGCUGAUACAAUAUCUUAUCUAAAUCACACAUAUCUUAACUAUCUCCAGUACAAUUCGGCCGGCGAGCUUUUAAUUUUUGGAACCAAAUAAUUGUGGUUUUGUACAGAGUAUUUGAUCGAGACGACUUCAGUUUUAUCGCAAUUGAAGAAAGCAAAAGUAGAUUCUGAACGGAGUCUUCCCCGGUUUCAAUUAAAAAGAAAAUUUAUAAUAUUUUGAUCAAAGUUAAACAUGAACAUUUUGUGGAUUUAAUUUUUGUGAUAGUUUUUAAAACUGACAAUGCCUAGUUCCUGUGUUAUGACCUUUAAUGAAAAUCCCGAUGGGGUGUAUUUUUCUGGUCAAAAAUUAUCUGGCAGAGUAUUUUUGGUGACGGAUAAAGUUAAAAUCAUCAGAGGUAUUUACAUUGUAAUUCGUGGAUAUGCUGACGUACAUUGGUCUGAGACGCGAUCAAGUGGUGCAACACGCCGAGUAUACUUCAGAGCGCAUGAUGAAUACUUCACGACAAGGACACAAGUUAUGACUGUAACAAGCGGAAACAAAUUCAACCUGACCCCUGGAAAAUACGAAUUUGAUUUCGAAGUGCACCUACCAUAUGUUUUGCCAUCGUCAUUCCUAGGCAGAUGCGGAGAAAUCCGAUAUGAAGUUGUUCUAACAAUAGACAGACCUUGGCGAUUCGAUAACGUCUUCAGACAACCGUUCACAGUGAUAUGCCCUCUGGAUUUGAAUAUACACACUAAGUACAGGCAACCGGUAGACAAAACUGUCAAAACACGCUUCACAAAGGUCCUGUGUUGCGGCGAUGGAGGUGAGAUGAUACUCACUGCACAUAUGCCACACAGCGGUUUUGCGCCCGGUCAACACAUACCUAUAGAUGUAGUCAUUAGAAACUUUUCCUCGACUGAAUGCUCCGAGCUGAAACUGAUGUUAGUGAGGACGGUCGAAUAUAAUAGUUCAACACCCCAUUGUAGACGAAAGUACGAUUCUGUUACGUUAGUUGAUCACAGAUUUGGACCAAUCGGAAAAUUCCGAGAGAAAUCUUUAAGUUGUUGCCUGCGCAUCCCUUCGGUACCCCCUACUUCAUUCAAUACAUGCAAAAUAAUUGGACUUUCCUACUUUGUCGACUUCCAUCUAAAAACAAAAGGACUACACUCCAAUAUGAAUAUGAGACUACCAGUUGUGAUAGGAACUGUUCCCUUAUUUUACGGCGGGCAACUGAAACCAAAGAUAAAUUGCCAGCCCUCUAGUUCACAUUCAACUUCAAAUGGAAUUUAUUCAAUACCAGCCCCACCAUCAUAUGAAGAAGCAACGCGCUUUGAUGUUGACAGCAACAAUGACUUAGACGAAAAUCAGCAUUUGGAACCUGCUCCAUAUGUGCCGAAAUAUCCAGUGUAUUAUGAAUUUGAUGAUAUGAUACUAUGUAGAAAACUUUGCACAAGCCACCAUCCUUUUGAAGAAACUAAACAGAGAUAUUAGACUUAUUAGAUUUAGAUUACUUUAUCUUGUUACCAAAAUAGGAGCGCAUUAUCCCCUCAUUGUAUUUUAUUGGAGCUUGUUUUCUUCAAGCCGCAAUGAAUGUCAUAACUCAUUUAAUUCUUAUUUAUUAUCUAAUUUACUGCAAAUAAAACGUUUGACUG